AUGCCUCCCCGGCCCCCCUCUGAAGAGGCAGUCGAGGCUGCCUUGUCUGCGUACCAUGAGGAGUCUGAGAGCUUGCGCGAGCUCCCUGGAGAAGACGAAGACGAUGACAUGGGCGACGAGGAGGUAGAAGAGCUCUUCGGCCGUGGAUCUGGAGGUGGAGCUGGUGAUCCGAUCGACGUUGAAGGUGGUGAUGGAGCAGAGGACCAAGGCGGCGAACAAGAUGAGAACGCCGAUGACCAGGUAUCACGUCCCUGUACCUCUGAUGUGUGGCUUGACUUCAAGAAGCUGUUCAAGAUGGGUCCCAAAGGUAAGAAGGUCAGGUAUGGCGCUGUCUGCAUCCAUUGCAAAAAGCAGUAUUCUGGUAGAUCUGCAAUUGGCACUGGCCACCAAGCUGGCCAGCUGGGAGCUUGA